AUCGUUGUCCAAAAUGUUAUGAAUCAAUAUCUGGUGAUUAGGUCAUCGUUUCUGUGAUUGUGACGACAUCAUUUGAUCACAAGAAGUGAACCCAUUAUAGCAAACAUUGAUAUACCGUUAGUCUCCGAAGUGGUAUUGAAUAUAACGAGUGUCUGGUUAUCAACGGCAACCCAUUGCGUGUCACACAUACGACUGACUACUGAUCGGAAGCAAUGGGUCUUCACGGCGGCGGUGAAGAGUCACUGACGAGUGGGUCGAGUGGUUGGGGAGCUCUGCCACCAAUGAAUUCAUCGUCUGCCGAGUGGGGCAGUGGUCCGGCAAACACUACAAGUGCUAAUCAUUGGCCAAAUAAUUCGCGACAAAUGACUGCGACCUGUGAUCAAACUCUGUCGACAUCUCCCAAGCCUUCGAGUUCAUGGGCUCAGGCGGCCGGCAAAGGACUGAACAAUGGACCGAAUGGACCAAACCAUGAUCUCAGUGUGUUUGGCAAUAAUGAUAAUUCCACGAAACGACAAACCAAUAGUGAUUUCCAACAAAUUAACGCUGAAAUUAAGGACACGGCUCUCGUCUCUGACAACUGGGGAAUAACUGUGAUAAACCAGGAGUCCCCCUGGAAACUCCCUCCGUCCCCUCAGUCAAGUCCAAGAGAGUGCAGUAGCGGUGGUUCGCAGUGGAAGAGCAGCACAAGUUCAGGCACUGAGAUCUGGGAAAAUACCGUCCGUCACAAAACCAAAGGACCGACGCCUACGCCCGCUGGGGGGUCCACGUCGGCGCAGCCCUGGGGCCACCACACUCCCUCUACUCAUAUCGGUGGCACGUGGGGCGAGGACGAGGACUCCAGCAAUCACUGGACGGGCGUUCCUCAAGCAAACAAUGCCAACCCAAACACAUCGGCCAACUGGUCGCCCAAUGUGUCCAAUAAUAGUAAUACGAAUAACGGGAACAAUAAUAACCCGAAUAGUAAUAUGCAGUGGAAUCACAACUCAGAUAAUAAUAAUAAACACAACCCGGAGAGCAACUCGAGACACAACUCAGAGGGCAGACACGUCGACACCGGCAGACCCAAAGCCAAUCAGAGCUCGAGUUGGUCUGACUAUAACAAUGGUAGGCCUUACCGUCACUUAACACUAACCACAAAGCCAUCGCUCUCUCUAUGUGGAAAGGUGUCGCACUGGAAGGCCGAGGCGGCGGCGGCGGCUGCUGCUGCUGCUGCGGCGGCCUCCGCCAAACCCAUCGCCCCUCUGCUCCAGCAGCAGGCGGUGCACAACCAGCUCCCGAACCCCAACGGCAAUAACUCGAGUGGAAUGUCUGCAAUGAUUCCGUCUAGUCCUGGAAUGAUCCGAUUGCCGGCCGGUGCGCCCAUGCCUGGCAAGAACGGCGGCGAGAAUUGGGGCAAACCGUCUCCGCCCAAUCCGGCCAUUCGUGGCAACUCGUGGAGCGAGGCGUCUACUCAUCCGCCCCGCGAUUCGCCCGCAAACAGCACUACCGGUUCGGUCUGGUCUGACGCCGAGGCCAGAGGCAUGAAUAGCAUGAAUCGGGUGCCGAAUACACCGAAUUGGGCCGAGUCUUCGAACUCUAGUCCACUGGCCUAUUGGGCAGCGAAGCCAAAGGCAACUAAUAAUCAGAACUCCAAUUGGAGUGACGGUCAGAUCGAUACGAGCAGUUGGGGCGGACCUAAACAGGGCAAGCCUUUGUCCAGAGAUAUUAUAUGGGCGAGUAAACAGUUCCGCAUUCUUACUGACAUGGGCUUCAAGAAAGACGACGUCGAGAACGCUCUUCGCAACAGUUCUAUGAAACUCGAGGAAGCAAUCAACGAACUGAAGAACUCUUCCCCACGCGAUUCCAAUGCCAUGGAUAUGGAGAAUUUACAGCGUUUUAAGGGGUCAGGGAUGGGUUCGAGCAAUACUCCUAGUCUACUUAGCAACACAUCAGGCAUUGCCAAUCCUAGUCUUUCCAGUAUUAGCCGAAACCCUUUGGGAUCAAUUCUGCCGCCACCACAUCAACCAACAGCUCAGACACAGUCAUUCACACAAGCCAAUCAGGUUCAAAGUGCCUUAGGAUCGAACCCGAAUGGAAGUCGUAUGGGUGGUAGCGCACAGUCCAAUCAAUCCAAUAUAGGUACAGCUAAUCUCCGAAUUUUGGUACAACAAAUUCAACUGGCAGUUCAGGCCGGACAUCUCAAUGCACAGAUCUUGAACCAACCUCUGGCGCCGCCAACCCUCUAUCUAUUGCAUCAGUUGUUACAACACAUAAACUCCUUAAAUCAUUUGCAAAGUUCGGCGAAUCAGCACUUAAGCAAAACCGGUGCCACAAACGCGUCCGCAGUGCCGCUCCAGUCGACCAUUAAUGUACAAAUCACUCAAACAAAGCAACGUAUUCUUAAUGUCCAGAACCAAAUCGCUGCACAACAGGCGAUAUUCCUGAAAGAGCAGCACCAGAGCCAACAAAUGCAAACACAACCUCCCGGGCAGCCUAUGAACACCGGCACCAACGCCAACACACCGACAAUGCAUUCACAGCAGACUUCCAGUAACGACUUCUUCAAGAGUCCACAACCAGACAACUCACUUGUGAUAAACAACGACAGAGACCUCGGCUCUCAAUCGUUGUCCCGCUUUCAGACCACAUGGAAACCGACGUUUAAAGACGACAAUAAAGUCAAUGUCAAUAAUAUGAUGCCCAAUGAGUUCAGUCGAGCUCCGGGACCAUUGCCUAAGCAAAGCCUAUCCAGAAGUGAUGUCCCGAACUGGACAGGGUUUGCCCAAAACGAUGAGUCUAGUGGUUGGCCGUCGGACGUCACAGUCAACUCGCUUUCCAGUGCGACCCUAAAGCACAACGACUUGAAGGAUAUGCCGAACUCUCUGUCGGCGUCGAUGCCGGACGCCUACAAUCUGAACGAUUUGGUGCCGGAGUUCGAACCGGGAAAGCCCUGGAAAGGGAACUCGAGUCUCAAGAGCAUUGAGGACGACCCGACCAUUACUCCGGGAAGUGUCAAUCGCUCUCCGCUCUCAAUCAACACAAUCAAAGACCCGCUCUUCAACUGGCCCUCGAAGCUGAGUCCGGGAACGCCUAACUCUGCCGCCGCCGACUCGCUCCUGUCGUUGUCGUCGAGUACGUGGGCUUUCACUCCGCCUUCAAAUUCGCACAUUUAUAAUACUGUCGACAGUAAUAAACCUAAGAAUAACCCGAAAUCCCCGUCCAAUUGGGGAGCACUCAAUGCUGAGCUCGCGUUGAACUCAUGCACUGACAACCUGUGGAGCGGCGGACAAACGGUUUCCAAGACGAGUCGUCCGCCUCCCGGGUUGAAGCCUCAGAUCAAGAGUCCGGCCACAACUCUGCCCAACUCUGCGCCCGUCAAUCCGACAGUGAGCUCAGCUCACAAUCUCUGGAAUGCAGACAAUCGUCAGAACGGCUCCGAGUUUCUCCUUCUCCGCAACCUUACGCCACAGAUCGAUGGCUCGACACUGAAGACCCUGUGCCUCCAACACGGGCCCCUCCAACUGUUCCACUUAUUCCUAAACCACGGCUUAGCUCUGACCCGAUACUCAACGCGCGAGGAGGCGAUCAAAGCUCAGUCAGCUCUGAACAACUGCGUGUUAGGCAACACAUCAAUACUGGCGGACAUCCCGCAGGAGGCCGAGGUUCAGCAGCUCCUGCAGCUCAUCUCAGGCGGCGGUCAACAAAUCGCAUCCAAUCCGCUAAACUGGUCCCAAAACAACGGCCAAACGAGCGGCGCGUCGAACGGCGUGAACCAGUCAUCGGGUCAUCUCUACCGGAACGCCAACAGCUCUCUCCAAUACGCCGGAACCUCCAACUCGACGCCAUCUAAGAUGGACUCGAGUACUACCUCUCCGGGUUGGAACACAUCGGGCAUGAGUUUGUGGCCAUUCUCUAACUCCGGCAAUAACUUAUGGAGCGCUCCCAGUGCUCUCAACGCUCAGGACAGGAGCACUCCCUCUUCAAUCCAAAAGAAUAUACUGUGUAUGAGAGAAGUGACCAAACAAUUGGUGUAAUCAAUGAACAAUUGACAUAACAGUGCAUACAUUCUCCACAUUCGUGUUGACAACACACACACCACAACGCAAACCACACAUACAUUUCAAAAGACGAUUAUUAAGAUAUUGAUAUGAAAACUCUAAACAUUAAACCAAU